UAACUUGGCUGUGGUUUGAGAGGAGGGGACCAGGCGGACAAACCGAUUUAUAUUUAGACCACCGGGGAGACAAGGAUAACAUUUCAGGCUGUGGACAGCCCGAUCCUGAUUGUAUCUCACUAAAUAGUCUCCUGAUUGGAAAGUUUAAGCCACAGAGAAGGCGAGGGACCUGAGAGUGUAGGCUGAAUUCUGGAUACGUUCUUGUCUCUCUCUCUCUCUCUCAUUGUCUCCUUCCUCUCUCGGAUCUGGUCGGAUCCAGUCUUGGUGAAGUGGGCUUCUUGGUGCGAGAUAAUCAGCAGGUGAUGUGAGUUAAUGAGGCGGAGAUGCGGGGGGACAAACUCAGACGCGCUCCUGUCCGACGGCAGGUGCUCAACAAGUGAGCGAGAGGAGGACACAACAGGAGACAGAGUAAAGGAAGUACGGGAGCCGAGGAGUGGAUAGCGACUGGUAAAGGAAGGAGAUAACAGCCGAACUACUCCUCAGAGCCUCGCUAUGGACACCGGGCAGAACACACAAGUCACCGAUAUGGGAGGGGAGCACUCCGCCGGGGUUUGCCUGGUGGAGAGGGACCGGGAGAGGGGCGACGUGUCCAGCCCAAGUCCACCCGCCAAGCAGCGCUCUUUGCGGGUAGUGUACGUCCUGAACGACGGGCUGAAGGCGGUGAUGGCCAGCAGCCCAGAGUCCGGGGCUCUGCAGUGUUUGCAGAGAGCCUGCGACUCUGAGAGUGCCCUGCUGACUACCGUGACCUUUGGACGGCUCGACUUUGGAGAAACAUCCGUGCUGGAUAGUUUCUACGAUGCAGACAUCGCUGUUGUGGAUAUGAGUGAUGUGUUCCGACAGCCCUCCCUGUUUUACCACCUGGGUGUGAGGGAGAGCUUUGACAUGGCGAACAACGUCAUCCUAUACCACGACACCGACCCUGACACGGCCCAGUCACUGAAGGACAUGGUGGCACAGAAGAACACAAAGGCCUCUCGUCCUCCAGCAAUAGGUUUUCCCUGGGUUCAGUUGCCCCCAGAGUACAGAGGCUCUGGAUUGCGCAAUAAAGCAUCCAGUGGUAACUACUACUUCAUCCCUUACAUAGUGACCCCAAACCAUGAGUACAUGUGCUGUGAAAGCGACGCCCAGCGCAGGGCGAGUGAAUACAUGCAGCCCAGCUGGGAUAACCUUCUGGGACCGCUCUGCGUCCCUCUGACUGACCGUUUCACCAGCCUGCUGAAGGACAUCCAUGUCACAUCCUGUGCUUCCUUUAAGGACACCCUGCUAAAUGACAUCAGGAAAGCCAGAGAGAAGUACCAGGGAGAGGAGCUGGCCAAGGAGCUGUCCAGAAUUAAACUACGAAUCGACAACACAGAGGUCCUCACCCAGGACAUUGUCAUGAACCUGCUGUUUUCUUACAGAGACAUUCAGGAUUAUGAUGCCAUGGUGAAACUGGUGCAGACUUUGGAGAUGCUGCCUACGUGUGAUCUGGCAACCCAGCCCAUGAUCCAGUUUCACUACGCCUUUGCCCUCAACAGGAGGAAUAGUCCUGGCGACAGGGAGCAGGCUCUCCGAGUGAUGCUGCAGGUGUUGCAGUCGUGUGAACAUCCAGCGCCGGACAUGUUCUGCCUCUGUGGACGGAUAUACAAGGACAUCUUUCUGGACUCAGACUGCAAAGACACAAAAAACAGAGACAAUGCUAUACAAUGGUAUAGGAAGGGUUUUGAGCUGCAGCCCACUCUCUACUCUGGGAUCAAUCUCGCAGUCCUCCUCAUAGUUGCUGGCCAACAGUUUGAGAGCUCAAUGGAACUGAGGAAGAUAGGUGUGAGGCUGAACAGUCUGCUUGGCCGUAAAGGCUCCCUGGAGAAAAUGAAUAACUACUGGGACAUAGGCCAGUUUUUCACAGUUAGCAUGCUUGCUAAUGACAUCCCCAAGGCUACUCAGGCUGCAGAGAAGCUCUUCAAACUCAAACCACCUCUCUGGUAUUUAAAGUCAGUGGUGCAGAACCUUCAGCUGAUCCAGAGGUUUAAGAAGCAGUCGGUUGAACAUUCCCCCCUCAGAGAGAGACUAAACUUCUGGAUGGACAUCAUCGUAGAGGCAACGCAGGGAACCACCAACAGACUGCGGUUUCCAGUGUUGAUUCUGGAGCCGACUAAAGUUUACCAGCCAUCCUACGUGUCCAUCAACAACGAGGCUGAAGAAAAGAACGUCUCAAUCUGGCAUGUCUCUCCUGCUGAAACUAAGGGAAUCCAUGAGUGGAAUUUCACAGCCAUGUCCAUCAAAGGCAUAAGUAUCAGUAAGUUUGACGAACGCUGCUGCUUCCUCUACGUCCACGAUAACUCAGACGACUUCCAGAUCUACUUCUCCACUGAGGAGCAGUGCGGUCGGUUCUGCUCCAUGGUGAAGGAGAUGAUAACAGACGGGACGGGGAACGCUGUGGAGCUGGAGGGAGAGGGAGACGGAGAUACACUGGAGUAUGAGUACGACACAGAUGAGACAGGGGACAGGGUGGUGCUGGGAAGGGGCACGUACGGAGUGGUGUAUGCUGGGAGAGACCUCAGCAACCAGGUCCGAAUCGCCAUCAAAGAAAUCCCUGAAAAAGACAGCAGAUACUCCCAGCCCCUUCAUGAAGAGAUCGCCCUUCACAAGUACCUGAAGCACAGGAACAUCGUUCAGUAUUUGGGCUCCAUUUCUGAGAACGGAUACAUCAAGAUCUUCAUGGAACAAGUUCCUGGAGGAAGCUUGUCUGCUCUACUGAGGUCUAAAUGGGGACCACUGAAAGAGGCAACCAUAAUAUUCUACACCCGCCAGAUCCUGGAGGGCCUGCGAUACCUGCAUGAGAACCAGAUCGUACACCGAGAUAUCAAGGGUGACAAUGUCUUGGUGAAUACCUACAGUGGCGUCCUGAAGAUCUCUGACUUUGGUACCUCCAAACGGCUGGCCGGAGUCAACCCCUGUACAGAGACAUUCACAGGCACUCUGCAGUACAUGGCUCCAGAAAUCAUUGAUAAAGGCCCUCGAGGAUAUGGAGCCCCAGCUGACAUCUGGUCCCUAGGGUGCACCAUUAUAGAAAUGGCCACUGGGAAGCCGCCAUUUCACGAGUUGGGAGAACCACAGGCAGCAAUGUUUAAGGUGGGCAUGUUUAAGAUCCACCCAGAGAUCCCGGAGUCGUUGUCUUUGGAGGCCAAGUCGUUCAUCCUGCGCUGCUUUGAGCCGGAUCCUCACAAAAGAGCCAUCGCCUCAGACCUCCUCAGAGACACUUUUGUAAGGCAAACAACGAAAGGAAAGAAGAGCAAGAUCGCCUUCAAACCGUCAGACUACAUCCACAAUGUUUCCCUGCCGGUGCAACUGCAGUGCGAGGCCGCUGGAAGCAGCAGCAGUGAACAUGGCUCUGUGAGCCCUGACUGCGAUUCCAAACACGAUGUUUUCUUCCAAAAGAAGAAAGACUCUGGCUCUGAAAAUCUGCUCAAACCCCCCAACUCCAACUACCUGAGUGUUCCAGAUGAAGGCUCGGUAUCUGAGGACCGCAGCGCCCCCCCUUCCCCUGAGGACAGAGACGGGGGUCUGUUCCUGCUGAAGAAGGACAGUGAGAGACGGGCCAUCCUGUACAAAGUCCUCAAUGAAGACCAGGAAAAGGUCAUCUCCAACCUUAGAGAGAACCACAUUCAGGGCAGUGAAGAGCUACAGCUGUCCGUAGAUCACAUCAAGCAGAUCAUCUGCAUCCUUCGAGACUUCAUCCAUUCCCCGGAGAGGCGUGUCAUGGCUGCCACAAUCUCCAAGCUUAAGCUGGACCUGGACUUCGAUUCCACCUCCAUCAACCAGAUUCAGCUAGUGCUCUUCGGCUUCCAAGACUCAGUCAACAAAGUCCUGAGGAAUCAUCACAUUAAACCUCACUGGAUGUUUGCCAUGGACAACAUCAUCCGUCGAGCUGUGCAGGCUGCCAUCACCAUCCUCAUACCAGAGCUGCAGACCCACCUCGGCCCGGCGUCGGAGUGUGAAGGAGCAGAGAAGGAAGAUGAAGUGGAUGAAGAGGAGGCAGAGUUCGGUCCUGUUUUGGCUCCUCACACUGAUGACUCUGGGGCGACGGCUGACCCCAUCCACUCUGCGAACAGCACACUAAACUCCGCCCACUCCCAGGAGCAUCAGCGCUCACAUCACCAACUGGGUGCACAGCUGGGGAGGCUCAAACAGGAGACCAACAGGUUGCUGGAGGAGCUGCUGCAGAAGGAGAAGGAGUACCAGCAGGUCCUGAAGGCCACGCUGCAGCAGAGAACACACGACCUGGAGCUGGUCAGAGUCCGACACAAACCUCCAGACAUCUCUCCUCCCUCCAUCUUCCACAUCCCAGCGGACCACGAGCCAGACAAGCAGCUCACCGAUUGGCUGAAAGAGCAGGGGGCAGACACUGAUACUAUAGAUCAGUUUGUAUUGGAAGAGUACACACUGAUGGACAUUCUUAAUGAUGUUACCAAAGAUGACCUCCGCUGUCUUCGUCUACGGGGUGGAGUCCUCUGCCGCAUCUGGAGGGCCAUCCAGCGGCACAGAGAGCGGGAAAGACUGAGGGUUGAUGACCAAUCAGAAGAUGAUGCAUGAUGGGAUACAUGGACUACAAGCCUGGAAAAUUCAUGUUUGCAGGAACACAUCUGCACACUACCAGCCCUGUAAUGCUGCCGCUCCUUUCCUGUCUCUCUCCUCAGUGCCUAUUCAUGUUGAAGUUUCUGCUUUAUACGUGCAGGACUAAAUGUGUUUUACUGCUCAGCUUCAUAAAGAAUCACACUCGACCAAAGCGCUUCGGUGCAGGCACUACUUUCAUGUAUGUGUAAGUGCAUUUAAAUAUGUGUGCCAUCAUCUCUAAUGUAAGGAUUCAUCAGUAUUUACCAAUUGAAUGGAAAAACUUGUCCAAAGAAUGACAAACUUAGUUUCAUUAGUCAGUGUUCUUUUAAAAUAUGCCUUGUUUUUCAGCCAAAUUUUAGAUUAAUGAAAGAAGAAAUAGCUGUGUCUGAAACUGCAUUCUACAUUCUUCUACUACACACUCAAACACUAGCCGCUACCAAGCUGCGCCGCUAAGGACUAAACUCCAUAGAGAACUGAUAACGCAAACCAUGGGGACUGUAGACAUGUCAGUACGCAACCUUUUACAUCUUUAAAAAGAAAACAACAC